CGCCAUAUAAAAUUUUAUAAACAUUUCAAAAAAUAACAAUUGAAAUUGUUUAAAAAUAUUAAGUUUGAGCUUUAUCCAGUGAUUAAAUAAAUAUAAAAAUGAAUCUAGAAACAGGAGCUUAUGGAGAUUGUGAAGUUGCUGGUAAAAUGCUUGAGGAAUAUGAUAAGAAAGACCUGCAAAUUUCUGUUGAGAGCGCCCUCACAAAUCAAGGAUCGUACAGUGGUCUCAACGACUUCGAUUAUCAAGAUUUAGCAAAUUUAACAGAAGGAAGACUUAAAGAUUUAUCUCAACUUAGAACACUCAAUAAAAUUCCAAUUCCUAAUGAAAUAAUGGAUCAUUUCAAAAAUAUUAAAUGUCAUUGUCGUAUGGGAUUAUUUCCUGAGAUAGGAAGAGCAUGGCUAACAAUUGACAGCGACAUUUACAUUUGGACUUAUGAGCACUCACGGGAUGUCGCUUACUUCGACGGCUUAAGUCAUUUAAUCGUGAGCGUAGGAUUAAUUGAGCCAAAGAAAAAUGUCUUCAUUAAUGAUGUUAAAUAUCUGUUGGUACUAACAACGCCAAUCGAAAUAAUUAUUCUCGGUGUGACUUUCGGCGACACCACAAAAACGAUUUCAUCGCCUUCACGUUCUUUCAUUUCGUCAACAUACGAGGAGAUGCAAUUAAUGAACAAACCGAUAUUCGUCAUAAAUACCGAUAAUAUCUCAAUGACUUGUAUUAAAGGAUCAUCUGAUGGUCGAAUAUUCCUUGGAGGACGUGACGGUUGUUUAUAUGAAGUCACGUACCAAGCAGAAUCCAAUUGGUUUGGAAAACGAUGCAAGAAAGUGAAUCAUUCGCAAGGCUUAAUUUCUCUUGUUGUCCCCGGAUUCUUGAAAGUGUUUUCUGAAAGUGAUGCGAUUGCAAAAAUUGAAAUUGAUAAUGAACGAAACUUGUUGUAUACUUUGUCGGAAAAUGGUGCCAUUGAAGCUUGGGAUUUGUCUGAUAAUUCAGCACGACGAAUUACAAGACUGUCGCAAAACGACCUUGCAAAUGCUGCUGCCAAUAUUAUUAAAACUGUCGACUCUUCAGUUUUCAAGCCAGUUGUUGACAUUUGUGUGUUGAUGUUGGGUGAAUAUUCAGCACUUCAUUUAAUUGCAGUUACACAAAGUGGUGUUCGAAUGUAUAUGAGUGCUUAUCACUCUAAUGUUCAAUCAAUGAUUGAUCUACAAAUACAACAAUAUCGAAUUCAAAAUCUUUCUUUACAACAUGUUCGAUUGCCGCCCGGUUACACUCCAAAUGCGACGUGUGGAAAGCCUCGAAAUAUUCACUCAGCUUUUUGUUGUGGUGGUUCAACUUUGAUGAUUUCAACACCACAACAAGAUUUAGAUAUUCUCUGGUCAUUAAGCUCCGAGCCAUUCUUACACACAGAAUUAACGCCACUCACAGAAACAAUGCGACGAUCACUUGCUGAAUCAUCAACAACAGCAAAUCUCGAUGGACAAGUUUGGGCAGUUGCUGAAAUGAGAGAUAAAUCAUCAAUGACAAUGAAAUUUCCUCUUCGAGAAUCGAGAAAAGCGAGGAAGUUAAUUCUUUUGACCACUCAAGGCGCACACAUUGUUGAAUUACUUAAAUCUGUCGAUUUUCUUCAACAAGUUCUCGUUUCUUGUCAUGGCGCGCAUCAUGAUGCUGUUAAAGCUUUCUUUGAUAUUCACACCGAACCUGAAGCUUGUGCAACAAGCUUGAUGCUUGCCUGUAUGGAAUCGAUGAUUGGAACUGAAUUAAGUGCGUGGGCGAAACAAGCUUUCUUCCGGUAUGGCGGCGAACCAUUGUUCUUCACACAACAACAAAUGUUACAACAAAUGCAAAGUGGUGCUGCUGAAUCGCCAAGAAUCUUCAUGUCAACACCAUACGCACAAUCGAGAGCCGCUUCACAAAUCCAACAAAGUUUAAUGCAUCAAACACAAUUCGGUGGUGGUAACAACACAACAUUUCAAUCUUCAUCUCAACAGCAACAGCCACAACAAAUGGAUAUUUGCAAUCUGAAAUAUUCAGCAAAACAUGGUGGACUUUAUUUACAUAUUGCAAGAAUUCUUCGUCCAAUAUGGAAUCGAAAAUGUAUUGACACAAAAAAUCUCACAAGCACAAUAACAAUUCAUGAUUGCAAUCAGAUCUUAAACGAUUUGUUCGGUAUUCGAUCGUUUAUUGAAUCAAAUUCAGUGAUUGGUUUGAUGAAAAUGUCGUCAACAAGUGAUAACAUGAUUAUGAGUCAAUCAUCAUUCAUGACUAGUCAUCAUCAUCAUCAAUUGAAUGGAAAUCAUCAAAUGAAUCAUCAACAUUUACAGAAACGAGAUGAAGCUUAUGGUGAAGAGAAGAAAUCCUUGGAUGCUCUUGCUGGCUUUAUAAGAUAUGUUUGUGAAGUUGUUGGAUUGUGGAAGAUUCUUUGUGAACAUCAACUUCAUGUUCUUGUCACACAAUUAACUGUCGAACAACGUCAAGUUCUUGACAGUUGCAACUUUCGUGAAAUUAUUUUAUAUCGUAAUGAGUUGUGUGCAUUGUUAAUUGUUACUUUGAUUAACACUUAUUUGAAUGAUAAUGCAAGUGUUAAAUUAAUAUCUGAGAAGCUUCGUGAUGUUUGUCCAUCGCUUUAUCGUAAUGAAGACGCCGUGUCACAUAAAGCAACAGAAAUUCUGAAACUUUCACGAACAUGUACAAAUGAUGAUGAAAGAAUGGAAGGAUUAUCAAGAGCACUCAAUUUAUGUUGUCAAGCAGCUCCGAAACUUCCACUGCCAAAUAUUUGUCAACAAUUUACAGCUGCCGGAUUCUAUGAAGGUGUAAUCAAACUUUGCCUCACUUUCGCUAAUAAAUUUGAUCCAAAUGAAAGCGGAUUACAUUUCUACAAGAAUAAUUAUCCAUUUGAUAUGAAUCAAAUUCAACAGAAAGAUCAAGAUGGAUUUAUUGCGUUUACGACAAGAAUGAAAUGUUAUGAAGAAGUUAAAAACAUGUUUCAAUAUCUGUUCGUGAAUGGAAAUGAAGGACAAGCGAGUGGCAGUCGAAUAAUUACACCGCAACUGCAUAAUGUCUUAAAUAUUGCACUUCAAAGUCAAGAUCAACUUCUUCAUGUCGCUGUUUAUGAAUGGAUGCUUUACAAUGGUCUUUACAAUCAAAUCCUUGACAUUAGCAACAGUUCGCUUGGUGAUUUCUUAGCACGUUCAGUUAAUCAAAUGCCAGUGAAUCUUGAGCUUGCUGAUUUGUUAUGGAAAUAUUACGAACGUAAUGGACAACAUCAAUCAGCUGCGAAGAUUCUCGACAAACUUGCAACGAUGCCAAGUGAGAAUGUCAAUUUAUCGAAACGAAUUGAAUAUUUGGCUAGGGCUGUGAUGUGUAUGAGAAGUGCAACAGUUGGUUAUGCAGCACAUCAUGGUGAAUUCCUUCGUGAUUUGGAAGAUAAAUUGGACAUUUCUCAAGUUCAAAAGCAAAUCUACGACACGAUGACAAGUGCAAGACCGCGGAACAUCGACGCAUUACAAGCUCGCGAUGCAAUUAAAACUCUAGACAUGCGCUUGUUAAAUAUGAGUCAACUUUAUUCUGAUUUUGCUGAGAAGUUCAACUUGUGGGAGUCACAAUUAAUGAUUCUUAAUUGUUCACAUCAUAACGAGCCACUUCUCAUUAGUUCUGUGUGGAGUCGAAUUCUCGACAAUGAACAGAACGAACCUGGAAGUCCAGCAGAGAAAGCCAAACGACUUUUGUCGAAAGUUCAAAGUUUAUCCAAUGAUUAUGGAGUUGGGCCUUGUUUUCCAUUAAGUUUCCUUAUCGAUGAACUAGAGAAACGUUGCUUUGAUCUCAACUUGCCAAACUCACCAGUACCCGAAAUGCUUCUCCAAAUGAAUCUGGAAAUCGAUCAAAUACUUGACAGUUAUGUGAAGAUUGUUACGUCGAUCAUUUCUGUUGAUUUCUUCUUGAUUCGAUCAGUCAAACGACUUUUACAACUUAUUUUGCAGAAUAAUUUGUCUUCGAGUAAAAAUCGUCGUCGAACAAUCGCAAAAAUAGAGGAAUUAGUGUCGGCAACGUUGAAUGUUCUUUACAAAACGCAAGGAAAUGAAAUGCAACAAUUAACAGCAGAUUUAAGGGAAAUUCGUCAGAAUUUAGCUUCGGUUAACUGAACAACUCGAUUAUUGUUAAAUUUACUAAAAAACUGAAAGAAAAUAAAAAAUUUGUCACAAAGUUAAAAUACUUUUUAAAUGU